GUCAAUACGAUCCGAUCGUCUACCGGCCUGAAAUAACCGGUUCUCAAAGCUUGAGAUUUUUUCUUUGUUUCUUCUUUUCAAAGUGCUCACUUUCCCGGUGACUCUUUUAGUCAAAAUUUCAAAAUAAAUCCUCUAAAUUGCCCUAAUCCCGGCUGCUCGUCGGAGGAAAAUAUCCGGCGAGAGAUUGAGAGACAGUUUGAAUCCAAAGUGAGAGACAGUGUGAAUCCAAAGUGAGAGAGUGAGUGUUUUAGCGACGGAGAGAUAUGGCCGGAUUAACGAGAACGGCCGGUGCUUUUGCGGUAACUCCACACAAGAUCUCCGUUUGCAUUCUCCUCCAGAUAUACGCUCCUUCCUCUCAGAUGUCUCUUCCUUUUCCUUUCUCUUCCGUUGCUCAGCACAACCGCCUCGGCCUCUACUUGCUCUCUCUCACUAAGUCUUGCGAUGAUAUAUUUGAGCCGAAGUUGGAAGAGCUCAUUAACCAGUUGAGGGAAGUUGGCGAAGAGAUGGAUGCGUGGCUAACUGACCAUUUAACUAAUAGGUUUUCCGCUUUAGCUUCACCAGAUGAUCUAUUAAAUUUCUUUAAUGACAUGCGAGGAAUACUUGGGAGCCUUGAUUCAGGAGUUGUGCAAGAUGAUCAGAUUAUUUUGGAUCCCAACAGCAACUUGGGAAUGUUUGUUCGUCGUUGCAUUUUGGCAUUCAACCUUUUAUCGUUCGAGGGAGUUUGUCAUCUUUUUUCAAGCAUUGAAGAUUACUGCAAAGAAGCCCAUUCAAGCUCUGCUCAGUUUGAUGCAUCUAAUAAUAAUUUGGAGUCAUUAACACAAUAUGAUCAGAUGGAUAUGGAAAAUUAUGCAAUGGAUAAAGCAACUGAAGAAAUAGAGUUUCAGAAAAGUGCUAGUGGAAUUGUCCCUUUUCACCUUCAUACACCAGAAUCACUUUUCAAAGCGACAGAAGGUAUCCCUUAUGGUAUUCACACAUUUUUGCUCAGAGAAAACUUAGAGUUUCUCAGAGUCUCAGGUUUGCUACAUACUAGGAAGGAAACAUCAAGAACCAGCAAGAAAGAUACAGAAGCUACUCCAGUUGCUCGUGCCUCAUCAAGUACACUUGAGGAUACUCUGGUUGAUGAGUCAUUAUUCCUUCGGACAAAUACGCAGAUACAAGGCUUUUUAAUGGAACAGGCCGAUGCAAUUGAAACCCAUGGAAGUUCAAGUUCAUUCUCUUCAAGUUCCAUUGAAAGUUUCCUUGAGCAGCUUCAGAAUUUAGCCCCUGAAUUGCAUCGCGUUCACUUUUUGCGUUACUUGAAUAAACUUCACAGUGAUGACUAUUUUGCUGCUUUGGAUAAUCUCCUCCGUUACUUUGAUUACAGUGCAGGGACUGAGGGAUUUGAUCUUGUGCCUCCUUCAACUGGUUGCAGCAUGUAUGGAAGGUACGAGAUUGCUUUGCUAUGUUUGGGAAUGAUGCAUUUCCGCUUUGGGCAUCCUAAUCUGGCUCUGGAGGUUUUAACAGAAGCUGUGCGUGUAUCGCAGCAGCUUAGUAACGAUACUUGUCUAGCAUAUACGCUAGCAGCAAUGAGCAACUUGUUAUCAGAAAUGGGCAUUGCAAGUACCACCUGUGUUCUCGGAUCCUCGUACUCACCCGUCACUAGCACUGCGUCUUCAUUAUCUGUACAACAAAGAGUGUACAUACUUUUGAAAGAGUCUUUGAGGAGAGCUGACAGUCUAAAGUUAAGACGCUUAGUGGCUUCUAAUCAUCUUGCAAUGGCUAAAUUUGAGUUGAUGCAUGUGCAAAGACCUCUACUGUCAUUUGGUCCCAAAGCGUCUACGCGUCACAAAACGUGUCCAGUUAGUGUCUGCAAGGAAAUAAGACUAGGGGCACACCUAAUCAGCGACUUUUCUUCUGAAAGCUCUACAAUGACAAUUGAUGGUUCUCUAAGCUCGGCUUGGCUUAAAGACUUGCAAAAACCAUGGGGUCCACCUGUGAUUUCCCAGGACUCUGGUUCUAGAAAAAGUUCGACUUUUUUCCAGUUCUGUGAUCAUUUAGUCUCAAUUCCUGGAUCUGUGGCACAAUUAAUAGGUGCUUCAUAUUUACUCCGGGCUACUUCAUGGGAGUUAUUUGGCAGCGCUCCUAUGGCUCGGAUGAAUACCUUGGUGUAUGCAACUUUAUUCGGUGACUCUUCUAGUUCAUCUGACGCAGAGUUAGCAUACUUGAAGCUCAUUCAACAUUUGGCACUAUAUAAGGGAUACAAAGAUGCCUUUGCUGCUCUUAAGAUCGCGGAGGAAAAGUUCUUAACCGUAUCAAAAUCAAAAAUAUUGUUGCUCAAGUUGCAGAUAUUACAUGAGCGUGCCUUGCAUUGUGGGAAUCUACAACUAGCUCAACGAAUAUGUAAUGAGCUAGGAGGCUUGGCAUCAACAGCCAUGGGUGUAGACAUGGAGCUGAAAGUAGAAGCAAGUCUUCGUGAAGCUCGGACUUUGCUUGCAGCAAAACAGUAUAGCCAGGCAGCAAAUGUGGCACACUCCCUCUUCUGCACAUGUCACAAAUUCAAUUUGCAAAUCGAAAAGGCGUCUGUUCUUCUUCUGCUCGCAGAGAUCCAUAAGAAGUCAGGAAAUGCGGUCCUGGGUCUUCCAUAUGCGCUGGCAAGCAUCUCGUUUUGCCAGUCAUUCAACUUGGAUCUUCUCAAAGCAUCAGCUACUCUCACGCUGGCCGAGCUGUGGCUUGGUCUUGGAUCAAAUCAUGCUAAACGAGCAUUAGACCUUUUGCAUGGGGCUUUCCCUAUGAUUCUUGGCCAUGGAGGUUUGGAGUUGCGUGCUCGAGCUUACAUCUUUGAAGCAAACUGCUAUCUGUCUGAUCCAAGCUUUUCAGUUUCCACAGAUUCUGACACUGUCCUGGAUUCUCUAAGGCAAGCUUCAGAUGAGCUUCAAGCUUUGGAGUACCAUGAACUGGCAGCGGAAGCCUCAUACUUAAUGGCGAUGGUAUAUGACAAGCUUGGGCAGCUUGAUGAGAGGGAAGAAGCUGCGUCUUUGUUUAAGAUGCAUAUCAUAGCUCUCGAGAACCCUCAAGGUGUCGAACAAAACAUGGCUUGAGAUGUUAUUUAAUAAGCUUAUUGUGCAAAGCUUGUAACUUAAGUUGUAAUCACGUCCUUACCAAGACUCGUUCUAAUGUCCGAAUCUUGUCGAGAAUGUAACCUUGUAUAACUUCUCUAAAAUGUAGGAGACUGAGGAAGUCAUCAAAAGAUAAUUUGAGAAAUUUUGGCAAGUUAAAUUUGACAUAAUGUCUCUUCCUUUGUGUGAAAAUGAAACAAGAUUGUGAAUAAAUACAGCAUCGCAUU